AUGGGUGCCUUUUCGGGCGCCAGGGUCAUCCCCCCCCUCCUCCCGUUACGGACGGCCUCCAUACAUGCACUAACGCAACAGGAUACGCAAUAUUCGCUAAGAGAGACUGGGCAUUGUCACUCUCUCUUCAUUCACCUAAUGUUUGUAUGGGGAGGCCAUGGUCACUCUUACCGAUUCUUUCCCCCUCCUUUAAUAACAGCGAUAUCUACCCUUAAGUGUAAGUGCACUCAAGGUCAACCACCUCUACUGCGUGACUCGGGCGUUCCUCUUUCGCUGGCCGACAGGUUUAAUAGAGGGUGGACACAUCUCUCUCUCUCUCUUUCUCUAAGAGAGAGUGGGCAUUGUCACUCUCUCUUCAUUCACCUAAUUUUUACCCUCUUUGAUGUUUUUACUGUUUGGAUGUCACCUAAAAGGAGAAAACUUUUGGGACGGCUCACGGCAGCGGCCUCCACUGCUAGAACAGCGAGGGCGAGUGAAACCCCUGAACAGACUUCUUUGUGUCUUUCAUGGAUGGCCUUGAGCUCAGCUGCUUGCUUAUCUACGGAAAGCGCUGCUGUGCGGACUGAAAGGUUGGCUUCAGUGGCUUCAACCAUGUCCGCACGCUGCACCAGGCUUUCAGUUGAAGAACGUUCACUUCAGAAUUCACAGGGCGCAGUCCGCGUGGCUAGGUUGAGGGCUUCACAGUCCCCAGCACAGAAAACCCUUCGUCAUUUGAGGGAUGCCAUUGCCAAUGCUUGCUCCAGUGGUUUAGAAAGCCCCAAACAAACAACUUCACAUCAUCAUAGGAAUACUAGGGCUACAGUCGCCUCUAGAGCUUCGGAACAACCCCAAGAAACCGCUCAUUGUCGCGUUAUAAAUGCCUGCUCCACUGCAUCUGCUAGAGCCCUAGAAAGCCUUGCACAGACCACUGUUCGUCGCGUUAGAAAUGCCCACCCUACUGCAUCUGCCAGGGCUGCAGAAAACUCUGAAGGAGAGCCACCUCAGUUCCUACAAAUUUACUUUCUCGCUGACUACAACGAGCAGGUUGAUGCAUGUCUCGGCAUUCUGCCAACCGAUUUUUCUGUCGGUCGCCGUAGAGACAUUCUGUUCCAUCUACAAGACAUGCUUCACGAAACUAACAGUUACAUCCAAAGCUUAAAAUUUGUGUUGCAAAACAACUCUUCGCCCUCUUUCAGCGUUGUCAUUGAUGCAGACAGACCACUUCACAGUGAGCAUGAGCGUCGCUUCAUUGCUCCUGCAUGUAAUGAAGUCGCCACAGUCAUCCACGGUGAGAAGCAUAACAGCCGUGACAUUGUCAUAAAAUACCAGAGUGGUGGUCUGCGCGCAUCAGUGAAACCCACUGUUCAUCGACUGUCUCCAGUACCCCUUCUUUUUUCCAUACGGAAGCGAUGGAUACCACUUCAAAAUCCCAAUAUACCAGGCAAGCAGUGA